AGUACAUGAGCAUACUUAAUAGACCAAUACGUGCACAGUUAUCUUGUGCUUGUUGUUGUUUGCUGAAUUUUAUCAGUGAGUGUUGUCAACCAGUAGAAAUUAAGCCUGUCACAUGAUUAAAUGGCCCCUUAUCUACCUGCAUUCUAGAGAAUGCGUAAAUGAACUUUGUCUCACAAUAGGGAUCUGAGUGCAUUGCUAGUUCUAGGUAAUGUACGAGUGACUGAAACGACACAUAUUUGUGGCUGGAUUGAUGCCUUCAACAAUAUUAUGGAAGUUUAUAUGACUGUAUAUUCACCACUCUCCAAAGAGAGGAAAAAAAUUGUUUAAAUUCUACUUGAUUUUUCUGAAUUUGGUAAAAUUUUGUUAUUGCUGAUUUUGCUCUGUAUGUUUGUUUGUUAAUGCCAUAAUAGAAGACUGAGAUCUGUUGAAUUUUUUAUGGUUAUCAUGGAUAAUAAUGGGAUCUCUGUUAUAUCUGUCAAAUAUUUUGCUCAAAAUGGGAAGAUAGAAGGAAUUGAAGAUCUUAAAGAUAAAUGCACAUCUAAUGGCAGUGUGUUCAUUGAGAACCCCCUUGUUCGGCGGAGUCGAUGGAGGUCAAUACGAGUCAUGUACCUCACCAUGUUUCUCAGCAGUGUGUCAUUUUCCAUUUGCAUGUCCUCAAUAUGGCCAUAUCUAAAACUGCUUGAAUCCAGUGCAUCCACUGAUCUCUUGGGCUGGGUGGUUGCUUCUUAUAGCAUAGGGCAGCUGAUUGCCUCCCCUGUCUUUGGGAUGAUGGCUAACUGCAUGAGGAAAAGCAGGGAGCCACUUGUUAUUUCCCUGAUCAUUAACAUCUUGGCUAACAUCUUGUAUGCUUAUCUGGAGGACAUCAAGACCCAUAGAGUUGUGUUCCUGAUUGCAGCCAGGGCACUGAUUGGGUUUGGAGCAGGAAAUGUUGCUGUAGUGAGGUCCUACCUGUCAGGUGCCACCAAUCUGAAGGAGAGAACCUCGGCCAUGGCCAAUCUCAGCGCUUUCCAGGCCAUUGGAUUUAUUGUAGGACCAGGAAUUCAGACAGCCAUGGUUCCAAUAGGUUACCCAGGACCAGUCCACAUGUCUGGGCUGCGGAUCAAUCUGUACACUGCGCCGGCAUUCCUCAGUGCUCUUGUGGGCAUCCUCAAUCUCCUUCUGCUGUUUUUGGUGUUCAAGGAGCACAGGGUUCUGGAUGAAGAGUACAGUCAUAGUAUUCAGGACCCAGGUAGAGAAGAAAUCCCAGACUACAAACCCGAUAAGAUUGCCGUUGCUUCCUCAAACAUCAUCUUUUUUGUGGUUUUGUUCAUCUUUGCUGUCUUUGAAACCAUUGGAACUCCUUUAACUAUGGACAUGUAUGCCUGGACUCGUGCUCAUGCCACCCUCUACAAUGGCAUCAUAUUGGCUGUUGGCGGGGUGGUAGCCAUAUUGGUGUUCAUAGUCAUCAAGAUACUCUCCAAAUGGGUCAAUGAGCGUUUGUUAUUAAUUGGUGGUCUCAUUUGCUGCUUUCUGGGAUUUUUUGUGUAUCUUCCUUGGGGUAAUGAUUACCCCUCCUCCCAAAUGGCCAACAUUGGGCCAGAGCACCAACUUCCAAAGAAUGGUUCCUGGUUUACCGUUAUCCCUUCUGAUAAGACGAUUCCUCCCCAUUACAACCAGUCUACUACUGCUGCCCCUGGGAACAGUUCAGGGAGUGGUUCAGAGGCCACUGGGUGUCCUGAUGCCUACCAGUGGUGCUCGUACACCCCUAUUGUGACACUAUCUCAGUUUCUUUGUGGCACAGCUCUCAUUUGUAUAGGAUACCCAACAGGAAAUGUUAUGUCUUAUGCCUUAUUCUCCAAAAUUCUUGGACCCAAGCCACAGGGUACGAUGAUGGGGAUCCUCACAGCCUCGGGAAGUCUUGCUCGCACAGUAGGACCAAUUUUCGUCAGCCUGAUUUACCACGCUUUUGGCCCCAGAGUGACAUUUGUGUCCAUGUGUGGGAUGACACUGAUUACUGUGAUCUUUGUUGGAUUUGUGUACAAACGUCUUGUGCCGUUCAAAUUCGAGAAGGGAGUGGAACCCCCAGAUCAACGUUAAGAGAGAACUGCAUGUAAACAUACAGAGCUCAGGGGCAUGUUUCCUAUUACAUUUAUCAUCCUUCAUCAGUCUCAGUCCACUGAUUUAAAUUAACAUUGAUACAUAUUCAUUGAUACUCAUUUACUGACUCCAAUUAUAGCUUUCAUUCCAAUUAACAUAUCAAAAGACGCACUCAUGCUGAAAAUUUGAUAGAUUAAUGCCAGUGCAUUUAUAUAUGCACUGUACAAACAUGUAGAUCUUUUUGUGCUUGAGAAAUGCUCAGUUUUUCUUGUAAAGUAGUUUAUAUACAGGGUGCCAAAGAAAUAUUGUUGAAGCUUAUAACUUGAUGUUGGUAUGUUUUUAAAAAAAAAGAAUGAAAUCAAUGUAACAAAUUUUUAUUUAAGUUAUAUAGAAUGAAUGUAGCUUUCUACUUUGACUUGUGAUAUGUUUAAUUUGUAAAAUACUCGGAAACUCUGUUUUUAAAUGUUAAAUAUUCCACAUACUUGUUCCUGAAGUGUAAUGAUCGAUGUAAAUCCAGCAAUCAAAUUAAUGUUGUUUUGUUCUCAGCUGUCUAACUUUCAGAGUAUUAUUGUCAUCAUAAAUAUAUAUCAGUUCCUUGCACAUCACAAACUAAUUGAAUUCGAAGGAAAUUUUAAUUUUUUUUUUGCAUUUUAUAAAGUUAUACUGGUAGUUAUUCAUUAAGCUUAUUAAUUUGUGUAGUUGUUGAAAAUAUAUGAAAGAAUGAGGUUUGUGAAAGCUAGGUUAACUGCAAGCUUCCUACAUGAAUUUGUGAUAUAUACCUCUAAGCCAAAGAACACUAUUACAUUUCAUAUAAUUAUAUACAAUAGUAAAAGCCAAAUUUGAGUUGAGUUUACUACUCAGUUCCAAUUAUAAAAGCCGAAUUGAUUUGAACAUAUUAUUUUCAGACAUCCAAAACUUAUGAAAAUUGAGGAUCUGACAUUGUUAAGGUGUAUGGGACACCUGUCGAUGUAAAUGUGGAUAAAAGUACAUUAUAAUCAUAAUACUUUCCUGGUUUUUAGAAUUUUCAAGUUUUAUAAUACUAGUAUUUGACCCAAAAAAGUGUUUUGUUUUGGAAAGGUAAAAAUAAAAGCCCAUGCGGGAUUCGAACUCAUGACAUACAGAUUCAUUACACAGUGAACGCUCUAACCCAUAUAGCACUACGCUGUUAGGUAACAAUUUUGGAAAAGAAAACAUAAAUUUUAUAAAACUUAUACUUAAAUAUUCAAUUUGUUAAUUAGAAGUUUGUCACAACAGGAAGGUGUCCCAUAAACCAAUACCUUAAAAUCCAGUUCUCUAUAUUUUUGCCAUAUGUGCUCAAUCAAAUUAUUUUAGAGACCUGUACAAUGUAUUUGAAUCAGUUUCCUAAUCAUUUGAAUUUUAGUGAAUAAGAAGAUGUAUUUGCAUAAACUGUAAUGAAUUACUCUGAUUUCUUAAACAUACACCAAAUGUUCUCCACAAUGUAAUAUUCAUACAGAGUUGAACUUUUUUGCUAUCCUAUAGGUUCAUGUAAGGAAAUCAUAUCGGUAUUUGCAAAUGUAAAUAUAGGUACAUACAAUCUGUAACAUGUACAGUAUUUAUGAAACAAUUAACUGUGAUAUUUUGUAUGGUGCUUGAUAACUCAGAACCACAUAAUGGCGUGAGACCAUUUGACCCCAUGCAUACAUGUUAACAUUAAUUAUAGAGCUUUAAAAUUCUUAGCUGCAUAUAAGUGGCUGGAUAUUAAUGGCAUGACAUUAUAUAUAUCAGCAUGAAUAUAUAAAGAACCAAUAUACAUUUACGUAAACAUGUAUCAUUGAUGGUUAUAGAAAUAAAGCGUUGAAUUGUU